AUGGUUUCAUUUUUUAAAAUAUUUUUUUUCAUCCUAAUAUUCAUUUUAUAUUUAAAUGAAAAGGUACUAUGUUCAAUAAAUGAGAAUGAAAAUGCAAUAGAAAAUAUAAACGAAAUUGAAUCUGUUAAUCAAACUAUAAAUGGAUAUGACAAUAUCGAUCAAUUAAAAUCCAUGAUUGGAAAUGAUGAACUACAUAAGAAUUUAACUAUAUUAGAAAAAUUAAUUUUAGAAUCGUUAGAAAAGGAUAAAUUAAAAUAUCCUCUCCUUAAACAAGGAACUGAACAGUUUUUAGACAUAUCAAAAUUUAAAAAAAAAGAUAUUACAGAUACUAAUGAUGAAUCUUACGUUAUACCUACACUUCAAUCGACUUUUGACGAUAUUGUAAAAUACGAACAUCUGAUGAAAAAACAAUUAAUAGAAAUAUAUAAUUCUGAUAUUUCAGAUAUAAUUAAAAAAAAAAUAUUUAUUGUAAGAACAUUGAAGACAAUAAAAUUAAUGCUUAUACCAUUAAAUUCGUAUAAACAAAGUAAUGAUUUAAAAACUGCACUCGAUGAAUUAAAUAAUGUUUUUAUAUCAAAAGAUGUACAAGAGAAAACAAGUAGUCCAAUAGGAGACCAUCAGACAUUUUUUAGUAAUCUGUUAACACGUUUUAAAAAUAUUAUAUCUGGCGUUCAUGAUAUUGAACAGUCACAUGAAAUAAAACCCAAAAGAGAAUUACUUAUAUUGGAUGAUACCAAAAUAGAUGUAAUGGACACGAACGAUUUCUUUUUUACGACCAACUCCAAUAUAAAUUUUAUGGAAGCCUUAGAUGAUAUAACAAAUCAAUAUGGAUUAGGUUUGAUUAAUCAUUUGGGUCCUCAUCUAAUAGCUCUGGGACAUUUUAUGGUAUUAAAAUUAGCACUUAAAAAUUAUAACAAUUAUUUCCAAGCAAAAAGUAUAAAAUUUUUUAGUUGGCAAAAAAUUUUAGAGUUCUCCAUGUCUGAUCGAUUUAAAGUUCUUGACAUGAUUUGUGACCAUGAAUCCGUUUACUAUUCCGAAAAAAAGAGAAGGAAAACGUACUUGAAAGUUGAUCGAUCACACACAUCCAUGGAAUGUAAUAUUUUGGAAUAUCUAAUACAUUAUUUUAAUAAAUAUCAGCUAGAAAUAAUAAAAACUACACAAGAUACCGAUUUUGAUUUACAUGGUAUGAUGGAACAUAAAUAUAUAAAAGAUUAUUUCUUUUCAUUUAUGUGCAAUGAUCCUAAAGAAUGUAUUAUUUAUCAUACGAACCAAUUUAAAAAAGAAGCAAACGAAGAAAAUACUUUUCCUCAAGAAGAACCUAAUCGUGAAAUAAGUGCAUAUAAUUUAUAUUUAAAUUAUUAUUAUUUCAUGAAACGUUACAGUUCCUAUGGAACAAAAAAAACCUUAUAUGUUCAUUUAUUAAAUUUAACAGGACUUUUAAAUUAUGAUACGAGAGCGUACGUAACAUCUCUCUAUUUACCAGGAUAUUAUAACGCUGUCGAAAUGUCUUUUACGGAAGAAAAAGAGUUUUCAACACUCUUUGAAAACUUAAUACAAUGUAUUGAAAAAUGCCAUUCUGACGAAACAAUACAAAAAUCAAAAGAUAGUAAUUUCCUUAAUGAUAUAACUAAAUGUGAUUUGUGUAAAGGAGCCUUUUUAUACUCAAGCAUGAAAUUUGAUGAAGUUCCUUCGAUGAUGCAAAAAUUUUAUGUAUACUUAACUAAAGGGCUCAAAAUACAAAAAGUGUCAUCACUAAUUAGAACGUUAGAUAUAUAUCAAGAUUACAGUAAUUUUUUAUCACAUGAUAUUAAUUGGUACACUUUCCUAUUUUUAUUUAGACUUACAAGUUUUAAAGAUAUUGGGAACAAAAAUGUUGCUGAAGCAAUGUAUUUAAAUAUAAAAGACGAAGAUUCAUUUAACAGAACGGUAGUGACAAAUUAUUGGUUCCCCUCCCCUAUAAAAAAAUAUUAUACUUUAUAUGUUAGAAAACGUAUUCCAAACAAUUUAGUCGAUGAACUGGAAAAAUUAAUGAAAGUUGGAACAUUAGAAAAAAUGAAAAAAGCACUCACGUUUAUGGUCCAUGUCAACUCGUUUCUCCAACUAGAUUUUUUCCAUCAAUUGAAUGAACCACCUCUAGGAUUACCAAGAUCAUAUCCUUUAUCAUUAAUUCUCGAACAUAAAUUUAAAGAUUGGAUGAUUAGUUCGCCCGCGGGGUUUUAUUUUUCAAAUUAUCAUAAUCCAUAUAUAAGAAAAGAUUUACAUGAUAAAGUUUUAUCACAGAAUUUUGAACCACCUAAAAUGAACCAGUGGAACAAAGUUUUGAAAUCGUUAAUUGAGUGUGCAUACGAUAUGUAUUUUGAUCAGAGACAUGUGAAAAAUUUAUAUAAAUAUCAUAAUAUUUAUAAUAUAAAUAAUAAAUUAAUGUUAAUGCGAGACUCCAUGGAUUUGUACAAAACCCAUUUUGACGACGUGUUAUUUUUUGCAGAUAUAUUUAAUAUGAGAAAAUAUAUGACUGCUACCCCAACAUACAAGAAAGUUAAAGAUCGAGUGUACCAUACAUUACACAGCAUUAUGGGAAACUCGGUCAAUUUUUAUAAAUAUGGUAUUAUUUAUGGAUUUAAAGUAAAUAAAGAAAUAUUAAAAGAAGUGGUAGACGAACUGUUUUCCAUCUAUAAUUUUAACACAGAUAUAUUUUCAGAUACUUCGUUCCUGCAAACGGUUUAUUUAUUAUUUAGAAGAAUAGAAGAAACGUACAGAACACAACGAAGAGAUGACAAGAUGAGUGUGAAUAAUGUUUUUUUCAUGAAUGUAGCAAAUAAUUAUUCGAAAUUAAACAAAGAAGAACGAGAAAUCGAAAUCCAUAAUUCUAUGGCAUCAAGGUAUUAUGCUAAAACGAUGUUUGCAGCAUUUCAAAUGUUGUUUUCAACCAUGUUAAGCAACAAUGUAGAUAAUCUUGACAAAGCGUAUGGAUUAAGUGAAAAUAUCCAGGUAGCAACAAGUACGUCUGCUUUUCUUACAUUUGCAUAUGUAUAUAACGGAAGUAUUAUGGAUAGUAUGACGAACAGUUUGUUGCCACCAUAUGCUAAAAAACCAAUAACACAAUUAAAAUAUGGAAAAACAUUCGUUUUCUCCAACUAUUUCAUGCUAGCAUCCAAAAUGUACGAUAUGUUGAAUUAUAAAAAUUUAAGUCUUUUAUGUGAAUACCAGGCCGUGGCAAGCGCUAAUUUCUACUCGUCUAAAAAGGUGGGUCAAUUUAUUGGUAGAAAAUUUUUACCUAUAACUACGUUAUUUUUAAUAAAAAGAAUUCAGGGAUCAAUAGAAUGGGCAGGAGGAAAAACAUGUCAAGCUGCUGAUCAUGAUUCAGCACAUAAUGGUGGUUCUAAUGCUAAUUGUGGUCAAGUAGAUCCUUCCCCUCAUAAUUUCUUCUUUACUGACUUUCUUGCUGCUCAAGCAUCCCAAUAUUUAUUUUUUUAUUUUUUCACAAAUUUAUACCUGGAUGCAGGCAAAUAUUUUCCUGGAGGGUUUGGUCCGGCAGUAAAAGAACAAACAAAACAUGUGAAAGAACACACGUACGAACGCAAACCUUCCGUUCAUAGUUUUAAUAGAAAUUUUUUCAUGGAAUUGACGAACGGGUUCAUGUACGCUUUUUGCUUUUUCGCAGUGUUUCCUUUAUAUGCAUAUUUUGAAAAUAUUAAUUUUUAUAUUACGAGCAAUUUCCGUUUCUUGGAUCGAUAUUAUACUGUAUUUAAUAAAUAUUUAAUAAAUUUUGUGAGAACCAAACUUAAAGAAUAUACAAGUGAUAUUCUGAUAAAAUACGAACGUGAAGCAUACUUGAGUAUGAAAAAAUAUGGGUAUUUAGGUGAAGUUAUUGCUUCAAGACUUUCUUCUAAAGAUAAAAUCAUGAAUUAUUUGCACGAAACUAACGAGGAUAUCAUGAGUAAUUUAAGAAGAUAUGAUAUGGAAAAUGCAUUCAAAAACAAAAUGGUUACUUAUGUGGACGAUUUUUCUUUUUUUGACGAUUGUGGUAAAGAUGAAAAAUUUUUAAAUGAGAGAUGUGAUUACUGUCCUGUCGUUGAAGAGGUGGAAGAAACGCAACUACAACAACCAUUACUCUCACACACUGAUGAGACCACGAAUGUAUCAAAACAAACUAGCACUUAUAUAGAUAUUGAAAAAAUUAAUGAAUCGGAAUCUGUAGAUAGCGACGACGAUGAAAAGGAUUUCGAUGAACCGGAUGAUGAAUUAAUGAUAGCACGAUUUCACUAG